AUGUCAAGUUCAACUAUUGCAACGCUCAGUAUUGCUGGUCAACAAAUAGUGAUUUGUGGAGGUAUUUUUCUUUUCAUUACUGGUGUUGUUGGAGGACCAUUAAUGCUAAUUACUUUAUUAAGUCUUCGUACAUUCCGAGAAAAUUCAUGUGCUUUUUAUUUAAUUAUCAUGUCAAUCGUGAAUAUUUUAAAUUUAUUUAUUGCUUUAUUAACUUUUAUAAUGACAACUGGUUUUGGUAUUAAUUGGUUGAAUAUGUCUCGUAGUUUUUGUAAAUUUCGACCAUUUUAUCUUCAAUUUGGUAAUAUUAUGUCAUUUACAUGUAUUUGUUUAGCAACAAUUGAUCAAUUUUUUGCUACUUGUUCGAAUCACCGAUGGCAUCAAUGGAAUCGAAUUAGUAUAGCUAAACGAUUAAUAUUAGGAGCAAUUCUAUUUUCAUAUAGAAAUCUUCAACAUAUUUCUCAUCGAACAAUUCCUUUAGUUCGACGUGAACUUGAUAAACAAUUAACAACAAUGAUUCUUGCUGAAGCAUUGAGUGAAGUUAUUUUUGUAACACCAACAUGUAUUCUUAAUCUUGUCAAUUAUUUAAUUGGAAAUUCAAGUGAUCCAUUUACUGUAGCUUUGAUAAGUUUUUUUCGAAAUUUAACUGGAAUAUUUUAUUACAUUCAUUUUGUAAGUCCAUUCUAUAUCUACUUUUGUGCAUCUAAACGUUUUCGUCAACAAUUGAUUUAUGUUUUAUUUAAAGUUCAUUAUAAUCGAUGGCGCCAUCAAAGAGUAGUCGAUGUUGCAAAUAUUGACAUAUAA